GGUGUCCCGGACCCGGAAGUGGAGUUGCCGAGUCACCGCAGUGGCUGAGCUGCUGACAGGAGGCGGCCGCGGAGUAGGAGGCGAGGCGAGACCUGCGGCUCUGCCAGGCCACAGCCGCGGUAGCGCUAGGGAAGCCCACGGAGCCACGCCGGCCUCAGACACCCUGCGAACUCUCGCCCUCCGCCCACUCCUCCGUCCGCCCGGCCGCCUGCCCGGCCGCCAGGUCCGGGGCGGCCUAGUCUGCAUCACCCGCCGGGCUCCUUGGGGCCGCCGCCCCGCGCGGUCCCGUUGGCGUCCCCGGCCGCGCCCGGCCCCCGGCCCCCGGCCCACUCGCCCGCCGGCACCAUGAUGGAGGAGAUCGACCGGUUCCAGGUGCCCACCGCGCACUCGGAGAUGCAGCCGCUGGACCCAGCCGCCGCCUCCAUCUCAGACGGAGACUGUGACGCCCGGGAGGGUGAGUCAGUAGCCAUGAAUUACAAACCAUCCCCGCUCCAAGUGAAGCUGGAGAAGCAGCGGGAGAUGGCCCGGAAGGGCUCCCUGAAGAACGGCAGCAUGGGUAGCCCCGUCAACCAGCAACCCAAGAAGAACAAUGUCAUGGCCCGGACGAGGCUGGUCGUCCCCAAUAAAGGCUACUCCUCGCUUGACCAGAGCCCAGAUGAGAAGCCACUGGUAGCCCUUGACACGGACAGCGAUGAUGACUUUGACAUGUCCAGAUACUCCUCCUCUGGCUACUCCUCUGCUGAGCAGAUCAACCAAGAUUUGAACAUCCAGCUGCUGAAGGACGGCUACCGGUUAGACGAGAUCCCUGACGACGAGGACCUAGACCUCAUCCCCCCCAAGUCCGUGAACCCCACCUGCAUGUGCUGCCAGGCCACGUCCUCCACCGCCUGCCACAUUCAGUAGCCGGCGGGGCCUCCGCGGCCUCCCGGGGCGGAACCGACGCGGGCCAGGUUGGACCGGGCAGGGGCAGACCCCUCCCCGGCUCGUCCGCCUGCCCCCGGCCCCCGCGCCCCCUACAGCCGCCAACCUCGUAACAGUCAUUGCUUCCUCCUA